AUGCCAGAGUGGAUCGUUAACGUUCAGGAUAAACCAGAAGCUGAUAGAGCACCUUAUAAUGACAGGCAUCUUGCUGCGCUACCGGGCCUUUUCGAAAAGAAGGUGUUAGUAUCUGCCGGUGCCCUUAUUGGUGACAACGGGAAAGAAGUUGGUUCAUCCUUUCAAGUUGUUGCUGAAUCUAAAGAAGAUGCCAUUAAUGUGAUCAAAAAUGAUAUUUUUGCCAAAGAAGGUGUCUACAAUUUAGAUUCCUUUGUCUGUUACAGAUUUCUAGGUAUUCGUUCUGCCAGAACCUUAGAAGAAGCUGCAGCAGAAUUCCAAAAGUAA